AGCCCGGCCGUCACUCGCGGUUCUGGAUUGGCCUCGUGUAACGAAGAGAGGCGAAUUUUCGCGGGAAUCUUUUCUGUCAUUGGACAAUCCGGGCACGUUAGAGGCGGAACGUAAUCGAUUCUUGCAGGUGGUUUGGUUUGUGUGGUUUCUUGAACAAGUGACCCAGCUUCUGUAAGAUAAUGGCAUCUGGAUUCAAAAAACCAGGUUUGAGUGGCGCCCAUCGUCGGAGAGGUACUGGGUUAAAACAUGAGCUUUCUGAAGAUCAGAAGCAGGAGAUCAGAGAAGCUUUUGAUUUGUUUGAUACUGAGGGGUGCGGUAGCAUUGAUGUCAAAGAACUGAAGGUUGCAAUGCGUGCUCUUGGUUUUGAGCCAAAGAAAGAAGAAAUUAAAAAGAUGAUAGCAGACACUGGGAAAGAGGGAAGCAGCACCAUAAACUUUGAAGACUUUUUAACAAUGAUGACUACAAAAAUGAAUGAAAAAGAUUCUAAAGAAGAAAUUCUGAAAGCUUUCCGACUUUUUGAUGAUGAUGGUACAGGCAAGAUUUCCUUUAAAAACCUAAAGCGAGUUUCCAAGGAACUUGGGGAAAAUUUAACAGAUGAAGAACUGCAGGAAAUGAUAGAUGAAGCUGAUCGUGAUGGAGAUGGAGAAAUAAAUGAGGAAGAAUUCUUGCGAAUCAUGAAGAAGACCAAUCUAUAUUAAUGGUUCUUUACCUUUAAAAAUAACUUGGAAAUUAUAAACAUGCUUACUGUUUUAUAAUGUACAAAAAGGGUAUCCGUUUGGCAGGGAUUUUUUUAAACUUAUUGUUUAUAUCAUUGUGAUGAAGUUAUGAUUCAUGCAUGCUAGAAAUCUUGUUGCACCUAAGAAAACGGGGUUGUUUUCUGAAUUUAAGGGAGAUGAUAACAAAACUUUUUAAUAAUAAAGUUAUACCUUAAUAUGCA